AUGAUCAAUGAAUUCUUAAACAUUACAUAUUAAUGGUGUGGAGAUGAAUAGAAAAUUAUUUAGGGAUAUGUAUUAUGCGAUGAUCACAUAGCUGAAUGCAAAAAGUAUACCUAAUAAUUUAAUGGUCCUGCAACCUUCUCUGAUGAAAAUUUUAAAAUAAUGGCAGCAAGAUUAGAUAAAUAUAAAUUGGUAAUAAUCUUCUCAAAAACAUUCUUGAUUGAUCCCUCUAAGUGCUCCUUUUUAAUAUCAACCAAUGAUAAGAAUGUUCCAUAUUAUCCAAAAUUAAUGAGUUAUAAAUUAGAUCCUUAAGAAAAUUAUAAAAUCGCUCUCAUCAACUCAAAGAAUACAUACAAUUUAAGAGAGCAAAUAUUUAUCAAUUCUUUUGAAAGACAAGUUACUACUGGAUCUAUUAUACCUAUACUUAUAUGUCCAAAAUAAUUACUAUCAAAUGUAUGGGAAUAUUUUAUUGAAUAAGAUUGUUAUAUUGAUACACUUGAGGAGCUAUAAGAAGCUUUGAUGAUGUCUUAGAGAUAAGUUUAACUAGGAAAUGCAAUUAUUGCUAAUACACUUAUUAAUGGAUGCGCACUUUUUCAAAAAUACAUUUAAAUAAAGCCAAAGUUUUCUAGAAAAGAAAUAGAAAGUGAUAUCAUGAAUCUAACAUUUAGUGAUUUAGAAAAUUCAAUUUCUCAAUUCAAAGGAAUGCCUAUAAUGAUUAGUUAAAAUGGAAGAUUUGUUUAAUAGUUAAUGAUUUUGGUUAAAAAUAUGAUCUCUCAAUUUUUUAAUUUUAUUGAAGAAACAAUAGACUUAUUAUUAGAAAAUGAAUUUGAUCCUUAAGAAUUAUCUUAUGUAUUAGAAGGACAAAUUGAAAACCAAGUAGGCUAAUUCACAGUUCAAAUGCAUGAGUUUGCAUUAGUUGAAUAAGCAGAUUUCAUCAUUCUCUUUGAAAAAAUUAAAGAGACUAUUUUUGAUAUUCAUAAGGAUAUUGAGUAAUUUAUAGUUUUAACUUCGACAUUUGUAGAUGAUUAGAUGCAAAAAGUAAAUCAGAUAUUCUAAGAUUAUCCAGCAUUAGCUAAUGUUAGAACAUUUCAAGCAAUUCAAACAGAUGCUUCAUAACACAUAGUCAGAGAACUUUAGAAUUAUUUUUUAAUUGAAAAAUCAAAUUUUUGGAGACCAGAAUUUAUCAAUCAUUUUGAAUUUACCAAGAAGAUUAUAGUAUCGUAUUUAGAAUACAAAUAAGAAAGAAUUAAUAAUCCAGCAAAAACAACAGAUUUCUUUACUUCCUUAGUCAGAAUGGGUUUGGAUCCUAAAAUGCCUAUAUAAACCAUGUAGAUAAUAGUGGAUAAAAAUGACAGAGAUUUCGUGAAAGAAAAAGAUUAAUUGUUUAUUGAGAAGAUCAAUAUCAUAACUAGAGGCAAACGAUCGGCAUUUAAAAUAUACCUACAUAGUAAAGAAUAGCUUGUAUUAUAUAUGAUCAAAAAUUACGUUAUUAUAGUCUCAUUUGAUUAUUUUAAUCAGAACUUAUGGACUGAAGUUGAAAAAUUCUCAAAUUUGAAUAUGAAAUUAUCAUCAGGAGUUUAGCAUAUUCUUGAAACCAAUAUAGAGUAUGUAAAAAAUAUCAAAUUAUAUGAAUAAGAAACAUGCGGAUAUUCACUUGAUUCUAAUGGAUAAUCGAAAUUGAUAGUAAAUUUUUCGAUGAAUAUGGAUGAAUAAUUAAAGAUAAUAAAAAAACAAUUUUGUAAUAAAAUUGAUAAAGCAUAAAAAGGAGGUGCUCCUCAACCAACUGAUCCAACAAUUCUUGCAGCAGGAGCAAUUGGAUCAGGAAUUGGUAUUUUUAUAGUUGAUUGUCUUGAUGAUAAUAUAUCAUGGUAAAAAAAACUUUAGAGAGCAGGGUAUGGUACAGCUGAAACAACUGCCUUUGCUGCCCUUUCAAUGAAUUUGCCAUUUGUUGGUUUUUUGGUCGGAUAAACAUUUUUAUUUUAUUCUGUUCACAAAGUAUUUUCAAAUAAAGUCUUGAGUAUGUAAAAUAAACUAAAAAACAUGGGUCAUUUAGGAGUAAAGACUUCAAUGGGAAUAGGAUCAGCUGUUGCUGGAUAGAUAUUGAUACCUGUUCCUGUUUUAGGAGCAUUGAUUGGAAGUGUGGUUGGAGGAGUUGGAGUAGGAUUGUAUCAUAAAUUCAUAGUGCCUUCUACAAAGAAUUCAUUGUUAGGGAUAAUCAAUAGGCUAGAAUAAUUCAUUUAACCAAAUGGAUAAUUGAAAUAUGAAAAGUCAGUUAUCAAAAUGAUGAAAAUAAAUCCUACUCACUUUUUUGAGAAUCAACCACAAACUCUUGAUUGUUCUGAUUGGCUAACUCUUGUCUCUAUCAACUUAGUUAAUGAAGUAGCCUAUUUGUAUGAAAUGCAAUGGGAAGAAUAAAGAAAGAAGCUAUUAGAAAAGGAGGACAAUGCCCAUAAAAUUGAGUAAAUAAUUACAUUAGAAAAUGAGGAGGACAAAUUGGUUGAAAAACUGUGCAAAUGGGAAAUUUGUAGACAUUAUAUUUACAAAGAAAACAUCUCAACUUUUAAAUAUGCCAAAUAGGUGGGCAUAUUUGUAGCAGGCAUGAUUUCCAACUUUAAAAUCUGA